AUGUCCGCUAUGAGCACGUCCUGGUACAGGAUCAAGAACCUAGCCAAGCCCGACAUGGCAAUCGAUGUGAAGAAUGACGGAAACCAGGAACGUGACGGGGCACUGAAAAUGGCCCCAGACCAUGACGUUACUGGUCAGCAUUGGCAGCUUCGUCCGUCCCCGACAAAUGAGGGCGCAUACAAUCUAAGCACCAAGUGGCUUGGUACCAAGAUGCUCCUGGAUGUCUACGGCAGCGAUAAAACCCGACCUCAUCUAUCCCCGGCGGGCGACUACACCGGACAGCAGUGGAAAGUCGAGAAAUAUGGGAAUGGAACCUGGAAGCUAUCGAAUGCGUAUUCGGGGCCGCUGGUUCUGGCAGCGGAAGAAAGUGGCAGUGAGCUGCGUCUGAAAGACCCCAAAAGCUCGCCUGCGUCUCAGUGGAUCUUGGAGCCUACUGUAUUGGGCCAGUAA